UUAUCACCUAUUGUUGUUAUACUCUCAUUUUGUCCUCAAUCACCAUUAGUGUCCAUAUUUAUCACUGUUGAGGAAAUUGUUAGUAUGCGUUACCAUAGAUGCACAUUGAUAAAACUUAAGUCUAAGCGUUGUUUAGUAUGCCAGUCACUUUAUGAAAUGGCGAACAUUGAAAAUAAACGAGUAGGAAGCAAUUCGUCAACUACUUAUGGCAGGGUGCUUAAUAUUGGAUUAGACAAAAUGAAGGUAACAUAUUGUACGGAUGUGGACAAAUCUGUAAUAACUUAUAAUUUCGAAAAAAGAGGAUGGAAACAAGUCGGUCCCGAAGAGGACUGGAAUUUUUAUUGGGCUGCAACGAUAUCUUGUCGAAAUAUUUUCAGCAUCGAAACCGGUUACAGAAUGGGUGACAAUCAAACAAUCAAUCAUUUUCCAAAUCAUUAUGAGCUAACGCGAAAAGAUUUACUUGUGAAAAAUAUUAAGAGAUAUCGAAAAGAUUUGGAACGCGAAGGCAGUCCUUUGGCAGAAAGAGGCGAUGGACCCGGAAAAUACCUCUACCUGGAUUUUAUUCCAGUAACUUUCGUUUUGCCGGCAGACUACAAUAUGUUUGUGGAGGAGUAUCGAAAAUCACCGCAAAGCACAUGGAUCAUGAAACCUUGUGGUAAAUCUCAAGGAGCUGGAAUUUUCUUAAUUAAUAAAUUAAGCAAAUUGAAGAAAUGGUCAAGAGAGGCGAGAAAUCCCUUUAAUCCUAAUUUAACUAAAGAAUCGUAUGUUAUAUCUAGAUACAUCGAUAAUCCUCUCUUAAUAGGUGGGAAAAAAUUCGAUCUCCGACUUUACGUUUUAAUAACGUCGUUUAGGCCAUUGAAGGCAUAUUUAUUUAAAUUAGGCUUUUGUCGUUUCUGUACAGUUAAGUACGACACCAGUAUUCAAGAAUUAGAUAAUAUGUAUGUUCAUUUAACCAAUGUGUCUGUACAAAAACAUGGGGAUGAGUAUAAUAGCUUACAUGGCGGUAAAUUGAGUGUGCAAAAUCUUCGCUUGUAUUUGGAGAGCACAAGAGGCAAAGCCGUGACGGAGAAAUUGUUUUCUAACAUCACUUGGUGCAUUGUGCAUUCGUUGCGAGCUGUGGCCCCUGUAAUGGCCAACGAUCGACACUGCUUUGAAUGUUACGGCUAUGACAUCAUUAUCGAUAAUAAAUUAAAGCCCUGGUUAAUCGAGGUGAAUGCAUCCCCAUCGCUUACAUCGACGACGGUUAACGAUAGAAUUUUAAAAUACAAACUUAUUGAUAAUAUAAUUUCUGUAGUGUUACCUCCCGAUGGUAUUCCAGAUGUCAGGUGGAAUAAAUGUCCAACGAGAGAGGCAAUGGGUAAUUUCGAAUUACUCAUUGAUGAAGAAUUAGCUACCCAAGACGAAAAAGAAAAUCCAGGAAGAUAUAAAAAUUCUUUGAACAAAUGGAAGUAAUCGCAUCAGGAUUAUCCUUAAGAUUAUUAUGAUAAUAAAAUCGAACCUUAAGAUUAUCAUGAUAAUAAAAUUAAUUUUCUC